GACUUUGAAAUGUUACGCCCUUUUGAUGUGAAAACAAGAAGUGGUUGUAGUUGUGAGUGUGGGUGGCUGGUGUAAUAGCGUCGUUAAGUGAUUAAGCGUCGUUAAGUGAUUGAUACUGAAUUUAUGUGUUGUUACGAUGGCUACGAACAGUGAUGAUUCGUUAUGCUUGUGCGUCAAAAACCUGGAGAACUGGUUCCCUGUUGUUAUGUUUGAAGGCCUAAAUGUACCAGCAUAUCAUCUUGUUCUGGAAAUAUUCUUGGGAUUAUGGGUCCUAUGGCUUAUAUUCCAUAAAAGCUACAAUCCUAAUGAUUUGGUGAAGUUGUCCAAAAAGGAGAAAGAACAACUUAUAAAAGAAUGGCAACCAGAAGAACUUGUUUCGGAUGUACCAGAAAAUCACAGAACAUUGAAUCCAUACAUUCUGAGUGGGAAGGCUGGAAAGUACAUAACAUUAAGUGGACAUCAUUGCUUGAAUUUGGCUUCCCACAAUUAUCUGGGAUUUAUUGGAAAUACAGAAAUUGAAGAAUGUGCUGUUCGGACUUUAAGGAAAUAUGGUGUUGGUUCAUGUGGUCCAAGAGGAUUCUAUGGGACUGUUGAUGUUCACUUGGAGCUUGAGCAGAAAUUAGCCGAUUAUAUGCUAAUGGAAGAUGCUGUUGUGUAUUCGUAUGGAUUUUCAACUGCUGCGAGUGCAAUACCUGCUUAUUCCAAACGUGGUGAUAUAAUUUUUGUGGAUGAAUGUGUGAAUUUCGCUAUUCAGAAAGGACUUGAUGCAUCUCGAAGUACAAUACAGUUCUUUAAACACAAUGAUGUUGAGCACUUGGAACAGCUUUUGAGAGCUCAGUAUGAAGAAGACAUAAAGAAUCCAAAAAAAGCGAAGAGAACUAGAAAGUUUUUAGUAAUUGAAGGAAUAUAUUUAACUCAGGGCGAUAUAUGUCCCCUGCCUGAGCUAAUAGAAGUUUGCAAAAGAUACAAAUUACGAAUUUUCAUAGACGAAAGUGUUUCUUUUGGCACACUUGGUGCACAUGGGAGAGGGGUUACGGAAUACUAUGGAGUUGAUCUUGCAGAUGUUGACCUGAUAAUGUGUAGCAUGGAAUGGACAUUAGGCACAAUUGGUGGAUUCUGUGUAGGAACAUCCUUCAUUGUGGAGCAUCAGCGCCUUUCUGGCUUAGGUUAUUGCUUCUCAGCAUCUUUGCCACCCUUGCUUGCAACAGCUGCUAUAACAGCUUUGGAACUAAUGAAUAGAGAUCAAAGCAUGUUUGUGGAUCUUCGGAAGAAAUGUGAACUUGUCCAUAGCAAAUUCCAGUCAAUAGAAGAUCUGAAAGUGAUAGGCCAUUGUUAUUCACCUGUAAAAUAUUUGGUAUUUAAGGACCACAUAAGCUCUGGACUGCAUUCCAAACGUACAUAUGAAGCCAUUGCUGACUAUUGUAUCAAGCAUGGUUUAGCAGUUAUCACGCCAUCGUAUCUAGAAGACAGAGAAAAACUCAACAGGGAAUUGCAAAAAGGCAUUCGUGUGACAGUGAAUCGUUUGCUGACUGAGGAUGAGAUUAAUCAUGCUGCCUCUGUGAUAAAUUCUGCCUGUAAGGAAAUCCUGAAAUGUUCAAGUGACUCUGUUGUGAACAGUAACUGUAAAGAUUUAUUGAAAGGUUACAGAGUAUCUGAUACAUUAAUCAGUGCUGUUGCAUGAUAUUCAUCCUUUUUAAAAGCCAUUCCACGAAGUUUGUAGAUAUGUUGAAAUGCACCUGUUUAUGGGGAGUUGUAAUUUUAUAAAGUAUCUAAUGUCACAAAUUCGACUGUUUGUUUUAUGUACAUUACAAUAUACACUAAAUAUUUUCCAACUGA